AAUUAAAAUGGUUGGGGGUCGGGUUGCUCAUCCUGUCUUGAAAGGCCCAAGUGUGGUCAAGGAGUUGAUCAUUGGAUCGGUGCUUGGGUUAGCUGCUGGUGGUUUGUGGAAGAUGCAUCACUGGAACGAGCAGAGAAAAUCAAGGGCGUUCUAUGACCUUCUGGAGAAGGGUGAGAUAAGCGUGGUUGUACAAGAAUGAACAUUUUGGUCGUGAUGUUUGCAGUCGGGCUUAAAUCAGAGAUGAUACUCUGGAAUUUAAAAAAAUAAGUUUUUUGUAUUGGAUUUGUGCACAAAAGUUUCUUUCUUGUUAGAACACCGGUUUCUUGAUUCCUAUUGUUGAAGAUGCUAGCAUCCAAAUUGCAGAUUCUUACAUGGCCGUUGGCCAUACGUGACUAUGUAGCAGCUGAACGACAUUAUGUGACUGGAUUUCACGCUAUUUGUCUUUCGUUGGGCGCCAAUAAAAUUUAAUCGUUUUUUUUUC